UUUGACUCAGCCCUGCCGCGCCGCGCUAAGAUGGAGCCCAGCAAACCGGAACCCGACCUCCAGCGGUUUUACCACCGGUUGCUGUGUCCGCUGUCGCUCUUCCCCCGCAAGGCGACGUGCCCAGAAUCUCAGAAGCCCCUCCCGCCGGAGGUCCCGAUGCUGUUGCCGUUGCCAGUCUCACGGCUGACGGUGGCGUCGCUGUGCCGUCAAGUGGCCAAGCGGCUGGCCAACAGUGGGCUGUCGGUGCGCGUGCCUACCAAAGGCCGACUCCGUUUCAUUGAGGUCAUCCUGAACGAGUUAAAGUGCAGCUGGCAGGAGCCUCCCACUGAACCUAGUCUGAGCCAUUUGGACAACCAGAGACUGCGGAAGCGGCUCCAGGUAUACGUACUGCUCAGCAGCGAGCAGCUCUUCUUACGAUACCUGCACCUCCUGAAGACCAUGUCCACCACCAGCGGAGUCUUCACUGAGUCAGCCACACUCACGCGUUUGACCGCCGGCCUCGCCAGGGACUGCACAAUCUUUCUUACCAGUCCUGAGGUCUACCGUUCCCUGUUUGCCGACUUCCUCACCCUGCUGAAGAUAGAACAGGCCCACGGUGGCAUGCAUAAGCUGCGCCCAGUAGGCCCUACUGGGGCUUUCAAGCUUUUCCCUUUUCAAUGGCUUCACAGCACCAGCUUCGCCCAAGCACCAAGCUGCAACCUCAACCUAAACUACCUCAUCCAACUUAGCCGCCCACGGGAGUUUCUCAAUGAGCCUGAACUGGAUCCAGUGAAGGAAGUGAAGUCUAUCCCCCAGCUGAAGAGGAAAAACCCUCUCCAGUGGCCGUCCUCCAUGCAGAAGAAGAGAGAAAGCGACUUCAGUUCCACACAGAUUGUGUCACUGCCCAAAUACUCUGUGACUCCCGCCAGCCAGGCUCCCUCCACCUCUUCCCACUUGCCCUUCUACUCCCAACAACAGAGAAGCCAAUCCAUGCCCUCCCUACGUGAGGGCUGGAAGCUGGCAGAUGAGCUGGGCCUUCCUCCACUCCCCUCUCGCCCCAUAACCCCGUUGGUUCUGGUUCCAGGAAGCAAAACAGAGCUGGCAGGGGACAUGGUAGAUGAAGACCUGAAGCAGAUGAUAAAGAACAUGAAAUUGGAGAGGACUCAAUACUUACCAUUGGAUUCGGGCCUGCCCCUGCUCCUGGGAGCCCUGACCCGCCGCCCAGCUGCAGCACAUCACAUGCAGGAACUGCAGAGAACGUUAAAAAGCCUUGAAGAGGAAGAAGCCACUGGGCAGUGGGGCCCCCAAUGCCUCAAAUCCAUUCCACUUCAACCACAGCCAGUGACUGUUAGUUUGAAGCUAAAGAAUCAGGCUGUGGUUCAGGCAGCUGCUGUGCAGGUCUCUGAGAGAAACUUUUUGGAUUCCUUCCAUGUUGAUGGGGCUGGAGUCCUAUACAACCACCUGGCUGGUGAACUAGAACCCAAACUUAUCGAGGAAAUGGAUAUUGGUUGCUUUGUUGGCAAUAACAUCAGUGAGGUCUACAAGGAACUGAUGAGCCGUGUCUCUCCUGACCACUUCUCUUUUGACCAGGGGCCCCUGGUUGAGCCUGCAGCCAAUAAAGACUGGUCGACCUUCCUGUCCUCAGCCUUUCUACAUCAAGAAAAACAGUAUUGCGUCAUCAAUCCCAAGUUAGCAGGAUUUUAUUCCCAGAGAACAAACAUUUUACAGCCCUCCUCUGAGAAGAUAAUCUCCCUCACAUCACUCCAAGCAAACAAAGGCUGGGAGAAGUGGUCAAACAAAGCCUCAUGGAUGAACUGGUGGAAAACCACCCUGUCUGUGGGUGACUAUUUCAAGUACCUCACCAACCAGGAGACAGAUUUUCUCCAUGUCAUCUUCCAAAUGUAUGAAGAGGAAGGUCCUGGGGAGGCCAUAGGCCCUGUCAGAGAGUCCCUAAAGAUUCAAUACCCACCUCCCUUGCUGGAAGAUGAAGAGCCAGACUUUGUGCCAGGAGAGUGGGAUUGGAACACAGUGCUAAGGCACAGGCUAGGAAUUAAGAGGACUAGCCUCCUGGGAGAACCUUACAAAAUCCUGAACCUGCAGAAGCGUCUGGAGCACUUGUGGUCCAUGCUUGAGGUCCCUGACAAGGACCGGCUAGACAUGGUCAUCAAGUACAGCUCCAAUGCCCGUCUGAGUCAGCUGCCUUCAUUAGUGAGUGCCUGGGAGCAAGUCCUGAAGCCCAUUCAGCUGCGGGAAAUGUUGCUGGGGAGACUAGAAUUGUUUGAGCGACAAGCCUCUGACCCCAACCGCUUCUUCCAAAAGACUAACAUGGGCCUGGGUAGCUUCCUGGAGGAGAAUCAGUUCCGCAACCGUCUACACAGGAAGAUCAAUCUGGUGCAGGCUCCUUUGGUUUCCCUCCUGAAGGAAAUUGAAUUAAUCUUUGGUGAGCCAGUGACCUUCAAGGGGCGGCGAUACCUGGAUAAGAUGAAGCAUGACAAGGUGGAGAUGCUGUACUGGCUACAGCAGCAGCAACGGGUCUACCACCUGACACAGGGUCAGAAGGCCUCCCACCAGCCAGGGCUGUUCAAGAAGCUCAGCAUCCAGCCUUCAAUAACUCCUGGGAAUACUCCUAUUACUCUGUGCCCUCAAAUCCCUCCCUCACCCCCAAACACCUAG